AUGUUGGGAGCAGUCCUAAACCAUACCCUGGCUGCGGAGUUCGUUCGUCUACCUCUCCAGCAGAGGUCCAUCUCUGGGAGUGUCAUCACUGGGCUGGAUCCUACGCAUGUAGAUCCCUCGAACCCCAUCACACUCUUCAUCAUCCAGCUAUUCAUUAUUAUCGUCUUCACGCAGGGUCUGGGAUGGGCAUUACAACUCAUCAACCAACCUCGAGUCAUUGCAGAAGUCAUCGGUGGUAUCAUCCUUGGCCCAACGGUCAUGGGUCGUAUCCCUCAUUUUACCGAUCAUAUAUUCCCGCCAGCUUCGAUCCCAUAUCUCAACUUAGUCGCGAAUGUCGGAUUGAUCCUGUUUUUGUUUGUCAUCGGUGUCGAAGUGGAUAUCAACGUAAUGAAAAAGAACGGUGUAGCUUGCGCUGCGAUCUCUGUCGCGGGGAUGGUCAUCCCCUUCGCACUAGGUGCAGCGGUAGCUGUCCCCGUCUAUCACAAUUUUGUCGACACCGCCAAUGUAUCUUUUGGUCAUUUUAUGCUCUUCAUAGGUGUGGCCAUGGCUAUCACUGCUUUCCCCGUUCUCUGUCGAAUUCUCACCUCGACGAAACUGUUAGACACCAAAGUUGGUGUGAUCGUCUUGGCUGCCGGUGUCGGUAACGAUGUCGUUGGAUGGGUCCUCUUGGCUUUGACCUUGGCUCUGGUCGGUUCCGGAACUGGCACCACCGCCAUAUAUGUCUUGUUGGCUGCCGUAGGAUGGGCAAUCUUACUGCUGUGGCCUAUAAAGAAAGCUUUCGUAUGGUUGGUCAAAAGGAGCGGUUCGCUCGAACAUGGUCCUACGCCCGGUAUCAUGACUUUGACGCUGUUGAUUAUCUUCAUUUCGGCUUUCAUGACUGGUAUUAUCGGUGUUCACCCCAUUUUCGGUGGUUUUCUCGCCGGUCUCAUCAUUCCCCAUAAUGGUGGUUUCGCAAUUGCCGUGGUUGAGAAGAUUGAUGACUUAGUCUCUCUGCUUUUCCUCCCUAUCUACUUUGUCUUAUCUGGUCUCUCUACCAAUCUGGGACUUCUGAAUACUGGGAAGAUCUGGGGUUUCAUCAUCUUACAUUGUGUGAUUGGCUUCCUGGGUAAAUUUGUUGGAUGUGCUGGCGCUGCCCUAGCCAUGAGAUAUCCUUUGAGAGAAUCAGCUGCUAUUGGAAUGUUGAUGAGUUGUAAGGGUUUGGUCGAACUGAUUGUACUCAAUGUUGGUCUCAAUGCCGGGAUUAUCGAUCAACGAUUGUUCUCCAUGAUGGUCAUCGCAGCGAUUGUGCUCACAUUCAUCACCACUCCUGGUACCCUUGCCAUCUAUCCGGAACAUCGCCGAGAACGACUCCAUGGUCCCACUGCUACCCACAAGAACGACCACGAACACGUGUCAGUUGGUACAAAUGCGUCUUUUGCAGGCGGUUCAGGAGGUCGGGAGAACAUCUCCAAAUUCUUGUUCAUCCUACACAAGCUCGAACACCUAUCUGCUUUUAUGUUCCUCACUCAACUUCUCGAAGCUCCUGCUCCUUCUUCCCCCAGGAAACCAUUUGAUGCCUCCGAAAUUGUCGGACAUGAGACGAAUAAAGGAGAUCUCACCGAUGGAUCGACUUCCUCGACACCCGAGAAUGCUUUAGCAAGAUUACCUACUACGACAUCGACCGCUGAACAUGCUUCGUCCCAGCAACCGGGAAAUACUACUUCCAUCGAUGCGCUAAAACUGAUGGAGCUCACUGGGCGUACUCAUUCGGUCAUGCAAUCUGCUGAGAAAGAUCAACUGUUGGUUACCGACGACGCGCUUCAGCUAUUCAAACAAUUUGGUAGAUUGAGGGGAUUAGAAGUGAAACCUCACAUCUCGAUCGUUGAGCAAGACUCGUACCAUCAGGCAGUAUCGGACUACUCACAUGAUUUAGGGAGUGAACUGGUCAUCUUGCCUUGGACCGUUCCUGUCUCUGGAACUUCAACAGAACUCAUUGACUCAUCGAUGAUUGACAAAGAGAAGGAUGCAGAGGCCGUGACCGGUAAUAAUUCCGCUUCAGCCACUGCAUCCCAAUUCGAGACCAUCUUUGGGAAUGGGGGAAACGAUAAUUCCGGAUCACCCAUUUACACUCAUUUCAUCCGUAAGGUAUUUUCGGAAUGCUCUGAAGAUAUUGCCCUGUUCGUCGAUAGAGGAUUCGGAUCUUCGACUGCACUUCAACCUGGUUCAGGUCAACAUAUUUUCUUACCUUUCUUCGGUGGACCUGAUGAUAGAUUAUCAUUGAGAUUUGUUGUCCAGCUUUGUAAGAAUAUCAACGUUACUGCUACGAUUGUCAGGAUUGAGAAACCCGACAAUGCCAAUGAUGAUGAGGAUGAUGCGGUAUCGAAUGUUGGAGGAGGUAAAUCGGAGAGUAUCCAGGUACAUCAAGCUGCUUGGGCAAGUAAUCAGUUGACCGUUGGACCUACCAACAGUGCAUACCCUGAAACUCAAGCACGGCUAGCAUCAGAUACAGCCGAUAACAUCGCCUGGACCUAUUACUCUUCACCUUCAGCUACUGGUCGAUCAUCAUCCAUCGACAACGCACUAAGUAGAAUAUCAUUCUUCUCCACUCAAUCGGCUACACCUCUUUCAUUCGCAUUUAGAUGCGCCGCCUCGACUAUCCAAUCUUCUACGUCCUCUUCUUCUGGAGCAGCAGGUUACUGGAGACCGAUGUUAAUCGUUACUGGUCGAGGAAGAAGAUCAUCACCUAUAAAUCAUUCGCAGGAACUGAACAAGAUCUUGGCUGAUAAAGGCUUGAACCCAUCCAUUGGAGCUGAAUUGAGAAAGACGUUAGGUGAUCCUGCGACGAGUUUGAUACUUGGCGGUGGAAUGCCGGGGACAGCUAGUUUCUUGGUCAUGGAAGCUGGGAAGAAGUAG